CCUUGCCGCCAUGCCCGGGAGGCUCGCCCCAGCCCAGCCCCGCCGCCCUUCCCGCCAGCCGAGGAGCCCCCAGGAGGCGGCUGCUUGCAACGGCUGCUGCCCUGCUGCUGCCCUUGGAGCGGAGGGGAGCCCGCAGACAGCGGCAGAAGGAGGAGGAGGCGAGGAGCCGAGGCGCAAAGUUGGGCCACAACUUGCUUUCUUGGGAGGAGAAGGAAGAGCGGGCUCCUCCCGGGCGAAGGCUGCGGCUCUUGGGGGCUUGGGGCUGCUCCUGGCCGCCUUCCUGCUGGGCGAGGGGCUCCUGGAGGAGGAGGCGAGGGCCGGCCGGCUGCUGCUGCUGCUGCUGCUCUGGGCCGGAGGGAGCUGCCUGGCCGGCGGGGCAUGGCUGAGGGCCGGGCUGGGCUUGGGCCGGGGGCUGCUGCUGCUGCUGCUGGCCUUGGCUAGCGCCCUCCGCCUGCUGCUCUGCUGGGGCCCGAGGCCGAGGCCCUGGCUGCCCUGCGCCCUCCUCCUGGGCUGCUGCCUGGCCCUGACCCUGGGGGCCGCCUUCGCCCGACACGCCCGCAGCCCCAGAGCCAAGAGGGGCCCCCGGGAGGAGAAGGAGGAAGAAGAAGAAGAGCCCCGGCGGCAGCAGCAGCAGCAGCAACAGCCCCCGGGCCAGGAGCCCAAGGCAGCAGGAGGAGGAGCAGGCGCCGCCCGGGACUCCCAAAGGCGCCGCCGGUCCAGCUCCAUGAUCUCCGCCGAGAUGGCCGGCUCCGGGAGCAAGUCCCACCGGAGGACCUCGCUGCCUUGCAUCCCUCGGGAGCAGAUUAUGGGACAUUCUGAAUGGGAUCACAAACGAGGACCCAGAGGAUCUCAGUCUUCAGGUACCAGUAUUACAGUUGAUAUUGCUGUCAUGGGAGAAGCUCAUGGACUCAUUACAGAUCUUCUGGCAGAUCCUUCCUUACCACCCAACGUCUGCACCUCCCUGAGAGCAGUGAGCAACCUCCUUAACACACAAUUAACGUUCCAAGCUAUUCAUAAGCCAAGGGUGAACCCACUGGCAUCCUUCAAUGAGAACUAUACCUGCUCUGACUCAGAGGAAUGCUCAGAGAAGGGAGAGAAGCUCAAGCGCAUCCGGAAAAGUCUGCCACCAGGUCUUCUUCGGCGGGUGUCAUCCACUUGGACAACAACUACAUCUGCCACUGGUUUACCCACUUUGGAACCAGCACCAGUAAGAAGAGACCGUAGUGCUAGCAUUAAACUUCAUGAUACUUCAUCAUCCAGCUCCGAUCCUUGGAACAAUUCCCUCCUGAUGACGAUUACCAAAAGCAGGUCAUUUUCUGCCUCCUAUGCAGUGUCUGCUGCCAACCAUCUGAACUCCAAAAGGCCCAACCGACAAGCUAUCCCGCCAAAUAUUUCACCUCUUAGUUCCCCAAGCCAUUCACCCAUCCAGGGUACUCCAGCCAAUAGUCCCACCAGCAAGACCUCCAAUGAACAGUUCCCAGAGUCAACAGCCACUAAGGAAACCAUCAAACCCCACAAGGCUUUAGGUUGCACUCAGAGUGCACCUGCCAUAGCAGAACCUGUUGUCGUGUCCCCUGUCGUAUGCAGCAGCUGUGGCAGGCCAUACAACCAAAUAGAUCCUGCUGAGGGAUCACUGGACAGAAGUGAUGGAACAGCACACACCUUGAACAGAACAGAUGAUCCAGCCCAAGCCACCUCUGACUAUGAAACAAAUAACAGUGACAGCAGUGACAUUGUACAGAAUGAUGAUGAGACAGAUUGCUCCAAAGAGCAGGCACAGAUGGAAUCUGAUUGCAGGACUUAUACUCCAGAGACGAUCAUACUGCAUCCCUUGUUACCGCCUGAGGACAAACCUAUUCUUGCCCCAGAGCCUCUUAUUAUGGACAAUUUGGACCCUCUUAUGGAUCAGCUAAACAAUUGGAAUUUCCCAAUCUUUGAUUUGGUAGACAAGAUAGGCAAGAAAUGUGGCCGAAUCCUAAGUCAGGUAUCCUACAGGCUUUUUGAAGACAUGGGGCUGUUUGAAACCUUUAAAAUUCCUGUGAGAGAGUUUAUGAACUACUUCCAUGCUUUGGAGUGUGGAUACCGAGAGAUACCUUAUCACAACAGGAUUCAUGCCACUGAUGUGCUUCAUGCUGUUUGGUAUCUUUCAACCCAGCCUAUACCAGGCCUCCCAACUGUGAUUAAUGACCACGGGUCAGCAAGUGAUUCAGAUUCUGAUAGUGGGAUCACUCACGGCCACAUGGGAUAUGUAUUGUCAAAAACGUAUGCACCAACCGAUGAUACUUAUGGCUGCUUGGCUGGCAACAUUCCUGCCCUUGAACUGAUGGCUCUUUAUGUAGCUGCUGCCAUGCAUGACUAUGAUCAUCCAGGAAGAACCAAUGCCUUCUUGGUUGCAACCAGUGCUCCUCAGGCUGUGCUAUAUAAUGACCGCUCUGUUCUGGAGAACCAUCAUGCUGCUGCUGCAUGGAACCUCUUCAUGUCCCGGUCAGAAUAUAACUUCUUAGUCAACCUCGAUCAUGUGGAAUUCAAGCACUUUCGCUUCUUAGUUAUUGAGGCAAUAUUGGCCACUGAUCUGAAGAAGCACUUUGACUUCGUUGCUAAAUUCAAUGCCAAGGUUAAUGAUGAUGUUGGCAUCGACUGGACAAAUGAAAAUGACCGCUUGCUGGUUUGUCAAAUGUGCAUCAAACUGGCUGACAUCAAUGGGCCAGCAAAGCAUAAAGACUUGCAUUUAAAGUGGACAGAGGGCAUUGUUAAUGAAUUCUACGAACAGGGUGAUGAAGAAGCCAGUUUAGGCCUCCCAAUCAGCCCAUUCAUGGAUCGCUCUGCUCCUCAGUUGGCAAACCUUCAGGAAUCCUUCAUCACUCACAUUGUCGGACCGCUGUGUAAUUCCUACGAUUCAGCGGGGCUAAUGCCAGGGAAAUGGAUAGAAGACAAUGAUGACUUGGGGGAUACAGAUGAACCAGAUGAGGAAGAUUCAGCAGAUAUGGACACCUGUGACAAUCCAGAAUCAAGAAAGAAGAGGAGGAAAAUCUACUGCCAGAUAACUCAGCACCUGCUUGAGAACCAUCAGAUGUGGAAGAAAGUCAUUGAGGAGGAAGAGAGGAGAGCUGGGACAGAAAAGCAAGCUCUGGAGCAACCAGCCACAUUACACCAGUCCUCUGAACAAAUUGAGGCCAUUAAAGAGGAGGAAGAGGAAAAAGGGAAGCCUAAGGAGGAAGAGAACAGCACAAUCCUAGAAACGAGCCAAUGACAAUGAUAGAAUUCUGAGCAGUAUUUGAAGACAAGAAGGACUUGCAUACCAGUUCCUUUUACAAGCCAGCACAACAUUUAGACACAACACUGUAGAAAUACGGGGGGAUGCACCUACAUUGUUUAGGUUGUUUCUCUUUCCUUUUAUUUUUUUAAAGAGUGAGGUACAUUGUUUAAAUUCAUCUUCUCAAAAGAAGCUUUCACACUGCAACACCGACUUUUACAGACUUUCGUAUAGGGUGGGGAAUUAUAAAUAUAUAUAAUUAUAUAUAUAUAUAUUAUAUAUAUAUAUAAAAUAUUAGCCUAAGUUUAUCAGCUGCAUAUUUCUUUGUUUUUUUAAUGCUAUAUUACGGUAACUGUGACAUUAAAAGAAGAGGGAGAACUCUCUAAAUGAGAAUUGUGUUCACAGUGAAGUGACCAGGACUCCCUUGCUCUUUAUGAUGUGGUGUCAUUGAUAGUAUCAUUAAAAUACCUACAUCAUCUACCAUCAUAGAAGUACAUGCAGGAUAGUGUGCACAUGCAUAGCAGAAGCAUGGUGACAUCACUGAAGAAUGGUGUUGAUGUUGCUGUGGAGAGUGGUUGUGACACUAGAGUGUGGUGCCUCAGCACAUGUGAAUAUGGUCCAACCCCUGAAUAUCAUAAAAGUGGCCUGUACACCGACAGUCUUUUAUAAUCCCUCCCACAGCAAAAUAAAUAUGAUCUAAGCCAUGGAUGGCAACUGUAGGAUGCUAAAGGGCCAUAUUAACCCUCUAGGAGAAAUGUGUCCCCUCAUGUUUUGUAUGGGCUAUGGGGGCAUUUUUGUCAUGUUUUUAGGCUUCCCUGAGGGCCAAAAAAUUACUCUGAAUGCAGUUGCAACCCAUAAGCUUCACUGCCCAUCCCUGAUCUAAGUAUUUUCUUUCUCAAGCCCGUGUAGAAGCAUUCCCAGUUUUUCCUCCACACAACUCACUAGAUUUGAGAUAGAUGCAAACCAGAGAAGGUCCUAGUGCUAAGAUAUUGAGCAGUCUGUGCUAUAUAUAGUUGAUUGGGAACUCUUUCCUAACAUUUCCGAAAAGCCAUGUCCAUCAAGAAGUUGCUUGAGAUUAUUGACAGUGACAGGCCAUGACCUGAUCUCCACCAGCCCUUCUCUUCCUUUUUCGUUUCCAUAUUGUGAAGAAAUACCAUCACUGGUCACCUAGGAACAUAGGAAGGUGCCUUAUACUGAGUCUGACUAUUGCCACAUCUUGCCCAGAAUUUUGACAUGUGAUCAGCAGCCCCACAGUUUCAGGCAGAAUUCUUUCCUAGCCCAACUUAAGACAUAGAUCCUUGAAAACUAACUUGCCCCAACCAUGGUUAACUUCUGAAAUCAAAUGUGAUUGGAUGUGUUCAAGAUGGUGCAGUGUUGCUUUGCAGAAGAAAAGAUUCAGGUAGCUAGUGGCAGUGGGCUGCAGUGUUCAGAGGAAUUUGCAGUUUGCUGGAAUUACAAGCAAUAAGGGAGACACUUAGGGAUGAAAUAGAUGGCCAGAAGGGGUGGCUUUAAUCCACCAUUUCCGAAGGCAGAUUGGCAACCACAUACCACGGCCCCAAUCUGCCUUGCAGCCACCUGAAAAAGGAGUGGCAAAAUCCACUCCUUUUUCCGGCUGCAAAAAGCCUGCUUUUCUGCCUGUGCCAUGGCCAGAAGCUGCCUUCAUGACAUUCCAGCAGAGUGUGGCUGGAGUGUCAUGAAGUGGCCAGGGAGCUUGGGAGCAUGCAGCAUGUAAUCACUGAGCUGCCAAGCCACCCAGAAGGCAGUGCAAAAGGGUGGUCUGUUUCACUCCUUACAUAGCUCCUACUAUUAUGUACAUUGACAAUUACCAUAUAAUUCCAUAAACUGUUUUGGCUUAUGAAUAGCCUUAACAAAUAUUCACAUUUUAAUAUGGAACACCAGCUUAAGGUAUUUGGUCAGGGCUCAUUGUGUGGUGGUGGUGGUUUUGGAAUAUGUGGAUGGCUUUGGUGAUCUAGAUUACUGGUGUUCAAUAUUACCUUUUGCAGAGGAAUACAUUCCUGAUCUUUGGGGGGGGGCAAUCCUUUCUUGGAGCUACAAUUCCCAUGCUGGCUUGGGGAUUCUGAGAAUUGUAGUAAAAGCAAAUAACUUUUCUGAGUUCUGAUAUAUUGUACAAUGAUUUGUCUGUGAUGAACUUUCUGGAAUUCAGAAAUAGUUGGUGCAAAACACAUGAAGGGAGAAUGUACCCUACAACAUGCCCUCAUCACUCUGAUGGUUGCAAACUGCAGGGGAACUUUGGUAAUUAUAUACAAACUGUAUUUUGUACAGUUGGUAAAUAUGGAUACUUUGAGGCAUUGUAUAGAUAAAAAGGAGAUAAUUUUUAAAAAUAAAUAUAAAAUGUAAUUAUAACCACAUUUGGCAAGUAAGAACUUGCAUAACUGGCAAUGAGAGUUCCUGUUUUAAGCUAUGCAGGAUUGUUAGUAUCAGCUUUCUGUAUAAAGCAGUUUGUAAACCAAGGAUUCUGCCCAGAGAUCUGUAUCAAAGACUGGUCAUUUAUCACUCCUCAAGUAAGUUUUGAUAACAUUAUGUGUGAAGGGAAAUCAUGUUGUAGAGCUGAAAGCAUGCUCAGAAAUUGUGCAGAAGUUAUCCUCAUGUGUGAACCAUCUCUAGCACCAAUACUCUUAAGUCUUUUGCAGGAUACUUCAAGGAUAAUUGUUUCACACUCUGUUUACUUUUAUUGCUCUUCUCAGGAGACUCCCUAGUAUCUUACCAGCAUUAGCCACUAGCAAACCAGUUAAGGAUUUACCAAGGACACUGGGUUUCACUGCCAGUGUCUAAGCUGGCAAAAAUGCAGUACCCCACCAGGGGCAGACAAUGGAUUCACCACUGUGGGAGUAGUGAAUCCACUCUUGAUUUUACUACCACUCUUUUCCACAUGUGUUCCAUGUUGGGCGGGAGUUAUGUCAAUGCUCAACUUCUGAAAGGAUAGGUUCUAGCACUGGGAAAUCUUAUAUUUAUCUCAGAGCAGUUAUGUGUGUACCAACAGUGAACUCCGAGGUGAAUUCACCAUUCCCACAGCAGUGGAUUUACCAACCACCCUAUCCUCCCAAUAGUCUAAAGUCAAGCAGGGAGACAAAUCUCCAAGCUAGAGAUAAAUUACAGAUUCUCUCACUCACUAUUUCUUUUAAAAAUGUAACAUUCCUAGAUUCUUGAGGGGUAACAUCAGGUAAAAAGGAGGUAUUGAAAUGAAUGGGACUUCAGAUAUUACCACCUCUGCAUUCAUUAUGUACCUCUGGAUUUUUCCUAGUAGUCACUGCAAAAUGUACAAUGUAGGUGUGAAGUAUAUGCGUCAUAAGUACACUCAUCAAAUAAUUGGUGGGUUAUGGCUUCUACAGACUGCAGUUUUGUGUCGGGGGCACUUGUUACUUAAUGUGUGAAAUGGCUUGUAGUUCAAUCCUGAAAUGUCCCAGGCUUUGCGUCUGUGCUGUACAACCAUGAUUUAAGUAUUUGAAGACAUAGUAGUGUUACCCUGGAUCAGUAUGCAAAGGGAUUUUGUAGCACAUUUGAGACUAACAUGUUUACCUCUGUAGUUGUCCUUUGGGGGUUUUGGACUAAGAAUGAAAUUAGCAGUAUUGAUGGUAUUUUUUAUCAGCUAGAUGGUAAUGUUGUGAAGGUUACAGGAUUCUGUGCCUAAUGUAGAAUUUGCUCAUUUGGAAGGAUGGUCAUGCUGUUUUUCUUUCUCUCCUUUGCCUCAUUCUCCCUGCAAAGAAAAUGACCCAGUUUCUUUUUCCUCCUCCCACUUUUCCCCCUUGUCUUCAGUUUACUUCUGUUGCUGCAAACUGACUUUGCACUCAUCUAUCUCAGCAGUAGGGAGGAGAAGAGGAGGAGGGAGAAUCUCACCCUUCUCAGUAGGCUCAGGCAAAAGCAAACUGCAACAACCUCUCCUAGUUUGUGUGUUCUUCCUCAUUAGUAACUUUUGCCAUCUUAACCAAACUCUAAUGUUGCUUGGCUACACAUUUCCUGGUUUUAUCUGUGAAACGUUGGAGUAUAUGUUUUACCUCAGCAUGGUUUCCUUCCCAAUAUACAAUGUGUGCAGAAACAAUUGACAUUUUGUUUUAUGUUUUCAGAAGCCAACUUCUAUUCAGAGUUUACUGGACUCACCACACCUCACUCCCCCAAAGACUUUUGCAUACAGCUGUCAGCUGAUAGUUGUUACAAUGGGGAGACAUUCCAUAGACAAAGGCCUGCUUUUGCAAGGUAUUUUUCACAAGACCCAGCUCUGCUGGAAAGCUAAUGGUAAUUGCAUAGGUAAGCCAAAGAGUGUAAACCAGUAACCAGGGCAGGGUCUGGGGAUGAAAAAAGAACUAUAAGUUUUCUCCGUUGUCUUUUAUCACUACUGGCCUGUAGAAAGAGGGUUGUAUUUCUCCUUUCAUCUGAGCUGAUCUCUUUAGUGUCCUUUAACAUCCUUAUAGAAUUCCCAUAUUAAGUUUCUUUAUGGCUGCUGUAGCAAAACUCAGAUCUUUCUUUGCAUAAGGAAUUUCUGAUUAACCUGAAACAAAUAUAAAAGGAAAUGUUCAGUCUAAAGGGUAGAGACAAAUGCAGGUGAGGUAAAAGAAGUAUUGUCAGGACUCUCUUUAGCUAUAGAACAUGGAAAAGCAGUCACCACUGUCUUUGCCCUGGUAGAUAGAAUAUUAUCUAGAGGAGGGUAGAGAUUCUGUGGGAGGGUGGUAAGGAAAGCACCAGCUCACAUGCUCACUCUUGCUGUUCCUUAAAGAUGUUUAGGUAAAAUGACACACAAAUCAGUGUCAUAUGCAGUUAGCUUUGAAUUGUUUCAGUAAUAAAUGGUAUGACUGGAGAAUGGUAAAAUAAUAGUUUGAAUAGUUCACAUGGUUUGGAAAAAGGUGCUUAAGGGUGGAACAAAUGGGCAAGAAGGAUCAGCUACAAACUGUUCUGAGCCUGAUCACCCUGCUGCGGCCUCAAGCGUGCCUCCUUCCAUGGCUCCAAAUAGGAGUGGAAAAGAUCCACUCCUUUUGGGGCUGGACUUGGGCCACCUUAGGCGGCCCCAGCGCAAGCCCAGGGUUGCUUCCCAGCACUCUGGGAAUGUGCGUUGUAUAAAUAGCACACCUCAGAGUGAUCAGAAGCCACCCCUAUCUGCCCAUCUGUUUCAGGCGUAAUGAUUCCAAUCCAGAUGCCAUUUUGACAUCAUUUGAACUCAAUGCCAACCUCCCUGCUUCCUCAAUGGAACAAUGUUUGUCUGUCUCUCCUUCUGUCCCUUCUUCAAUUUCAUCAUGGGAAGAAGUGUGUGACAGAGAGAAGUUAUGAGAUAUGGAAUGGCAAGAGGCAUCAAGGUUCUAUGCAGGCCACAUCAUUUACUCACUGAUGGAGUGGAUUGCCCAGUGACCUCUUCUUAAAGUAUCCAUUUCAGGAUAAGGACUAAUCCCUUGAAAAAUAAUUUUAUGAAACACUUAUGGGAUUUUUUGUUGUUGGUUGGCUGCGAAGAGUUUAAGUGGCUUUAUCAGGAGCCAAUUAAGUGUGCCCUUCAUAGUUGGCGUUCCAGGGGAGAGCUCACAUACGGUGUAGCUAGGAACAGAACACCAAGAGUUGGGCUGUUUCCGGCCACAGAUUGGCCAAGUUGCUUUAAAACUUGGGUGUCCCCCAGCUGGCAGCCUGGUCUACAGUAAUUAGUCUGGAAGUUGAUGGGAUUUUAAACUUAGAUGGCUGCACUGGAAACCUGAGAAGAAAGGGAAAGACAGCAUCUCAGUAUUUGCAGGGAAGGGUUACUAAAUCAUUCUGCUUCACUUAGAAUGCACAGCUGCUUUAACCCUCAUCAGAGUUCCAAAUCAAUGUUAUGCACUGGAUUUGGACCCGGAUUUAUUACCAUUUAAUCAGUAAAUCCUCAGAGGCAGUCUCAGUUUGAAUGUACACUUUUAUAGUGACUAAAGAUGUAGCAACCACUUUUUGAGAUUGUUCAGCUAAGAUGGAAGGAAAUACUGUUUUGCAUGUGACACUGCAGCAACAGGAAACAGAGAUAAUGGGUUCAGUCCUACAUACAUACUGAUAAAAGUAAUGUACAGGCAAUUAGGACUAUGUAGUUCCCAACCUUGUCCCAGCUUCUGAUUCUCUUUUCCCACCAAAGCAUUUAACUUUCUGGUGGCAUUUAACCACUGGUGGCGCAGUGGUUAAAUGCCUGUACUGCAGCCAUUCACUUGAAACCACAAGGCUGCGAGUUCAAGACCAGCAAAA